CGCGACCGUGCCGUGCGAGAUGGAGCUUGCCUACUACCCCUUCGAGAACUACCGCUGCCUCCUCAUGUUCCACAGCCUGGGGUACGACACCGAGGAGCUACGCCCCAGCUGGGCCGACGAGCCCGCCGUGCACUUCACGGACACGCAGGUGUCGCUGCCCUGCGAGAUCGACGACGUCGUCAUCGAACACAACACCUUCGUCACCACCAACCGCGCGCGGCGGCGGCUGGAGGCUGAGAUUGAGAUGGAAUGCUACAGCGGCUGGACCAUCAAGCAUACCGUGGUGCCUUUCAUGCUAACCGUCACGCUAGCAUACCUCGCAUUCUUCCUGCACCCCCGGGCCGUGACCGCCCGACUGAUGGUCAGCUUCUUGUCCUUCGUCAUCGCCAUGAUGGUUCAUGAGAAGACCUACAGCCAAGUGCCCCAAUACCCCUACACCAUGGCAAUCGAAGUGUUCACUGGGACUUGCUUGGGUUUCAUCUUCUGCACGGUCGUCGAGACGCUCGUCGUGGAUGUCAUCUGCCGCAGCAACGACAAACUCACGGCCGCUUCCUACGCCAGGGAGGACUGUGAACUGAAGAAAGGUCCUAAGAACUGGAAGUCUCACUGGAAGUCUCAACAGGACUGGAAGUCUCACAGGACUGGAAGUCUCAACGGGACUGAAAGUCUCAACAGGACUGGAAGUCUCAAUGAAAGUCUCAAUAGGACUAAAAGUCUCAAUGAAAGUCUCAAUAGGACUGGAAGUCUCACUGGAAGUAUCAAUAGGACUGGAAGUCUCAAUAAAACUGGAAGUCUCACUGGGAGUAUCAAUAGGACUGGAAGUCUCACUGGAAGUCUCAAUAGGACUGGAAGUCUCUAUAGGACUGGAAGCCUCACUGGAAGUCUCAAGAGAACUGGAAGUCUCAAUAGGACUGGAAGUCCCAACAGGAAUGGAAGUCUCAACAGGGUUGGAAGUCUCAACAGAACUGAAAAUCUCAAUGUGCUUGGAAGUCUCAGUAGGGCUGGAAAUCUCAACUGGACUGGAAAAAUAUUUACAUCUCGGAGUGCUGUGUAA